AUGCCCUCCAAGAGCUCCCCUAGGAAUGUCCCAAGCCGGGGGCUGUCGGUGCCGCUGGGGCAGCGGGAGCGCGCCUGGCUAGUGGCGGUGUCAGCAGGAUGCUGGGCUCGGGUGCGGGGGCUCUUCCUGGAAGAGCCGGAGCUGGCCCUGCAGCGGGACUUCAUAUCCGGCUUCACAGGCCUUCACUGGGGGCUGGCCCGGGACGUGGACGCCCGCUCGGGCUGUGGGUACACUCCGCUGCACCUGGCUGCCAUACACGGCCACCAGCUCGUCAUCAAGGUGCUGGUGCUGGAGCUGGGGUGCCAGGUGCAGGUGCGGGACAGCAGCGGACGCCGGCCCUGGGAGUAUCUGGGCAGCUCCACCUCGGGGGAGAUCUGGCAGCUCCUGGAGGCACCCCGAGGCACUAUUAUGUUCCCCACGCAGCCCCUGGCCCGCAGCGUGUCCUCUGUCAGCAAGGUCUCGCUGUCUGCUGGCAGGGCAGAACUACGGCUGUGGGGCAGCAUCCCACCGAACCAGCAGCGAGAGUGA